AAUGAAUCACAAAGCCCAGCUAGCACCUCCAAAGAAAGAUUUCUCCCAACAAUUCAAGGGCCCUAGAGAUUCUGCAACAUCAAAUGAAAAGAUGCAGCCAGCAGACAGAAGAUGAAAGCCACCCAAGCCCUGGAGGGUGCCCUUGCAGCCACUUCUGUCCAGGUUCUGAGUUUCCCUUCACGAUGGCCUGUAACAGCACAUCCAUCGGGACUUACAAACAUUUGCUGCUGAAUGUGAGCAACACCUCCGACCCCUGGGCCACUCCACUGUCCGCACCGCUCAGGAUCUCUCUGGCAAUAAUGAUGCUGAUGAUGAUUGUCGUAGGGUUUCUUGGCAACACGGUGGUCUGCAUCAUUGUGUACCAGCGGCCAGCCAUGCGUUCAGCCAUCAACCUGCUGCUAGCCACCCUGGCCUUCUCCGACAUCAUGCUGUCCUUAUGCUGCAUGCCUUUCACCGCCAUCACCCUCAUCACUGUCCGCUGGCACUUCGGAGACCACUUUUGUCGGCUCUCAGCUACGCUCUAUUGGUUUUUUGUCCUAGAGGGCGUGGCCAUCCUGCUCAUCAUUAGCGUGGACCGAUUUCUCAUCAUCGUGCAGCGCCAAGAUAAGCUGAACCCACGCAGGGCCAAGGUGAUCAUCGUGGCCUCCUGGGUGCUGUCUUUCUGUAUCUCUGCGCCCUCCUUCACUGGCUGGACGUUUAUGGAGGUACCAGCCCGCGCCCCACAGUGUGUGCUGGGCUACACCGAGUUCCCAGCUGAACGCGCCUAUGUGGUGACACUGGUGGUGGCAGUGUUCUUUGCGCCCUUUGGCGUCAUGCUAUGCUCCUACCUGUGCAUCCUCAACACGGUGCGGAAGAACGCUGUCCGUGUGCACAACCAGUCGGACAGCCUGGACCUCAGACAGCUGUCCAGGGCUGGCCUGAGACGGCUCCGGAGGCAGCAGCAGCAGGUCAGCCUGGACCUGAGCUUCAAAACCAAGGCCUUCACCACCAUCCUCAUCCUCUUCGUUGGCUUUUCGCUCUGCUGGCUGCCCCACUCAGUCUACAGCCUGCUGUCUGCGUUCAGCCGGCGGUUCUAUUACAGCGCCUCCUUCUACGCCACCAGCACGUGCGUCCUGUGGCUCAGUUACCUCAAGUCCGUCUUCAACCCCAUCGUCUACUGCUGGAGGAUCAAGAAAUUCCGCGAGGCCUGCAUAGAGUUGCUUCCCCAGACUUUCCAAAUCCUCCCCAAAGUGCCUGAGCGGAUCCAGAGGAGAAUCCAGCCGAGCACUGUCUAUGUGUGCAACGAAAACCAAUCCUCUGUCUAGGGAGCUGGCCGAGUGGGCCAAGAGACCGCUCUAAAUGGUCCCCGGCCAGACUCUGUUCCCUAACCUUUAGUUGUCUGCGUUUUGUGGUGACUACACAAGCACAAAGGUACUCAUUUAUUACCAGGUGAUCUGUGGAGUUCAGUUUUCCGAUUUCCAUAAGAUGAUUUAUUAUUUUUGUCUCAGAAAAACUAUAUAUAGCUCUAAUGGGAAUGGGGGCUUUCAGAAGUUGGCCAGAAAGUGAGAAGGGAUGAGGGGGGGAAAGGUGAAGCUACCUGAGGGCAGGGCGAGAGGAGGAUCUGUCAAAGGAGCACAUCACUUUCAUCCCAGCCCCCCUCCCCACAUGCUCAGGAGAAGCCCCUGGCGGCAGAUUGUGGUGCCAUUGUUCACUCUGAUGCCAGCCUCCAAAGCUGUAUCUGCAGGGCCUGGGUAUGGCACAGAGUCUUCAUAAUGUUCACCUGUGUGUUUCCGAUCAUGCCAAAAUUACCCUUUCUAGAAAGAUUGCACAUUGGCAUUGGUAUGUUCUUGAGGUCCCCGGUGUGGAAGGCUAGCUAUGUUGGUGCUAGUGUCAGUGGCCCAAAACUCAAAAUGUGCUUUGCGAUGGCUUAACUGAAAUGAGAGGUCCACUCUGACACUUAGGCAUGUGCCCACCACUCACAUAUCUGGCUGGCCUGACAGUCCCUGUCUCUCUGUUCCUGUCUCCUCUUUGGCCCCUUUGUUUUCAUCCUUUUCAGUGUGCUAAGAACAUACCCAGUGUCAUUCGUCCACUGGCAAGUAUUUGUAGUGACUUGCUCUCAGAGGCAGAAUCAGCCAGCGGCUUGGCUUUGUUUACACAUCUCCUCUGGACAACCCAGAGCCUUGUGAGGCACCAAAUCCACAUUAGCAACAGAAUUGCUACAGGGACAGAACCGACACCCCCUCCUUAAAGCCGGGCUUAUACCCAUCCAUCUCUGUUCCUCCUACCUCACUCAUGUCCACUGUUGCUCUCAAAUCCGGUUGCUUAGACCCUGAUCUUGGGGGUGAAGUGACUUAAAGGAGACAUUUUGCUGGUAGCCUAUGCU